AUGACUCUUCUCAGGAAACAUCAUGUUCAAGAAGUUCUCCGUGGAGUGGUUGUCCAGAGCUUCCAUGCUCAAGAUCUGGAGCAGGAGAAACGAGUCACAGUAAGCGCUCGUGAUGAUUUCAGUGAUGCUCGUCGCGCGUCUUCAGAAACGCUUGGAGAAGGAGAAACCAAGGCCCUGUCUUCUACAAACAGCUGUGGCUACUCCUCGGCCUCUGAGAGCGAUGAGAGCGAAGGGGAGUCCGCGUCACAGCGGCGCGUCAGAACCAAGUUCAGCUCGGAGCAGAUCUCGCGUCUGGAGAAGAGCUUCAGCAAACACAAGUACCUCGGAGCGACCCAGAGACGCAGGAUAGCGGAGAAACUGCAGCUGUCUGAAACACAGGUGAAAACGUGGUUCCAGAACAGACGAAUGAAGCUGAAGCGGGAAGUUCAGGAGGCGCGCGCAGCCGAGUUUUUUGUUGUGCUUCCGCCUAUGACGUCAUUUCAGCACCACACCGCUAGCGGACAGCACUCGCGCCUCUAUUUCCCGCAACAAAUUCCCACGCGACAAUUCCCGCCACCGAUGCUGUUCCCCUCCUGCUACUUUUAAACCACCUUUUUUAAUGAUUGGAUAUAAUCUAUAAUCUUGACGUAAUAUAAAAAUUUAUAAAAAUCCCCUAAAUCACGGUUUUUAAUAAGCAAAAUAUAAAU